AUGUCUACUAUUCGCAUUGCUUCUCUGGCCUACCAGUACCAAACGAUCGAUGUCUUCGGACCGUUUGACGUCCUCAGCUCUGGUAGCAAGCUCGUAACUCAGCUCCUGAAGGAAUACCGCCCUGUGAGCGAUGAGCUUACUGCUGCGGCACCAGAGGUCGAAUUUCACCAUAUCGGGGUUACUUUGGACCCCGUGGAGCUGACCGCUGGUGUCUCCAUUGUUCCAACGGCAACUGUCGACAACCCGCCGGAAGUUGACAUCCUCCUCCUUGGCGGCCCUAACCCAGCAACUUUCACGCUGCACCCUAAGUUUGUGGAUUAUAUUCGUCAGCAUGUUGCUGCCGGCAAGCUUCUCUUCACCAACUGCACUGGGUCUUUCGUGGCCGCUUUAACUGGGGUUCUGGACGGCCGAAAUGUAACAAUCAACAAUGCGGAACUUGAAUGGAUCAAGAAGCGCUUUCCGAAGGUCAACUGGACUGUCGAGAACAAGUGGGUUGUAGACGGAAACAUAUGGACAGCUGCAGGAGCCGUUGCAGGCAUGGAUAUGACGGCUCACUGGCUCAAGGAGAACUUUGGAGAGGAGGUUCUCACGUUGGCAACCAUGGGUCUGGACUUUGAGCCCAGAGAUGUCAAGGGCGUGCUCAACGUCAUUCCCAAGAGAUACGACUCUGCGGGAAACCAGAUCACAACACACGUCUUUCCGUACUAUGACUCCUACUGA